AUAAAACUUUCUUAUUCAUAUAUCAAGCACUCUUAAAAUUUUAACUGUUUUCUACAUUUUCUCCAUAAGUCUUUUACUAAUUUCCGAAAACAAAUAUCCCCCCAAGGCAAGAAGUGUCUUUAAGAAAUUCGUGGUAUUUCUUCAACGAAUGCUUCCAAGAAUGGUGUCAUUUUCGACGAUGCGAUUUGUUCAUCACGGGCGAAACUAACCGGCAAGAUCAAACUAUAAAACGGUCGGUGCGGAACCAAUUUGAAUAUACAAAUCGCGGGAUACCAAAUUAUUUUGCUCAUCCUCUGUUUUCUGACAGAGAAAUUCAUGGCGAAAAGUAACGGAGAAAUCAGUUCAACUUCAAGAUGGUCACUAGCCGGGAAGACAGCUCUGGUCACCGGCGGGAGCAGGGGAAUCGGCCAAGCAAUAGUGCAGGAAUUAGCCCAACUCGGCGCCACCGUCCACACUUUUUCAAGAAACGAAGCAGCCAUUAACGAAGCAUUGCAAGAAUGGAAAUCAAAGGGAUUCAAAGUCACCGGUUCAGUCUGCGAUGCAGCUUUAAGAGAUCAAAGAGUUGAACUCAUGGAAAAGGUCAGUUCAAUUUUUGACGGGAAGCUAGACAUUUUGAUCAACAAUGCCGCAAUUCUGGUGUGGAAGCCAUUUGAAGAACAUACUCCCGAAGAUUAUUCGACCCUUUUGUCCACAAAUCUCGAAUCUUGUUACCAUUUUUCUCAACUCGCUUAUCCUCUGCUCAAAUCGUCGGAGAAUGGAAGCAUUGUCUUCAAUUCCUCUGUUUCGAGCUUAACGAGUAUUAGUUGUAUCUCUGUAUACGCAACAACAAAAGCGGCAAUCAAUCAGCUGACCCGGAACUUGGCUUGUGAAUGGGCUAAAGAUAACAUCCGGGUUAAUUCGGUUGCUCCUUGGUUCAUCCGAACCGCCAUGGUCGAAGACUAUAUCGAUAUCCCGGAGAUGGCGAAGAACAUUGAAUUGAGAACUCCGAUGAAACGGGUUGGUCGGCCGGAGGAGGUUUCGUCGUUGGUGGCAUUUCUUUGUAUGCCGGCAGCUUCUUAUAUCACCGGCCAGAUUGUUGCUGUUGAUGGAGGACUUUCAGUGAACGGGUUUUGAAUUGAGAGAUAUAUGGCAGGCAAGUAUCCGUGCCAAGAUGUAGUAGAAUAUUUGUUUCAAUUUAUUUUGUUUUCCUUUUCAAUUAAGUGGGUGUAUGUAUCCAGCAAAUUUGGUCUUUCCAUUUGGCACAUUGAAUAAUUUUGAGUUGUUUCGAAAAACCUUGUAUGUUGGAGCAUUGAUCGAUCUUUUCGACAGCCGAUAGGCACUUUCAUUGUAUGGUUCAAUCUUCAUUUUCCGCAGC